AUGGGUAUCUGCGUCAUUUCUCAUCCUCUGGAAGCCAAAAAAUUAGGUUUCGUUAUUAACAGUCAAAGGAAGGACCCGUCUCUGUCUGUUGCAUCAUACCCGAAAUUCUACCCCCAUAUCACACUUGCCUCAUUGCCGCAGUCUUUGGAAACCGAGCUUGAUAAGAUCGCGGGGUCCAUACCCACAUUCGACGCGCAUGCGCCUUUGCGAUGCUACUUUGACCAAGUCAAGAUUGGGGAUCACUACUUCCGAUCGGUAUACGUCGCGAUCAAGCCUACGCGCGAAAUCCUGUCCUUGUAUGAGGAAGUGCAUCAACGAUUAGGACUGGAGCCCAGAUGUCCUGCUUUCCCCCACAUGUCGCUAUGCUAUAUUGACGAUGCGGAUGCCAUCAACGGAGAACGAGAUAGAUUUUACGACGAGCUACGGACGAGCGCGGUGAUAGGCUUUAAAACAGAAGAGCCAGAGGCCGUUCAAUUGAACUGUGGAUCUGAAGGAACCAAUAACUGGGUGGACAACUUUAAAGCUCAUGAAGUGUGGGCUGUGCGGUGUGAAGGUCCAGUUGAAAGUUGGGAAGUUCUACACAAAAUCCCUUUGAACUAG